AUGAUUGUGCAGCGUAGCGGAGGCAAGGAGGAAGCAUGCAAAUUUGCACCAGCAUACACAACCACAAAAAGAAAGGGGAACAGAGACGGACAGAUGGUAACAGCGGCAAUAACUGGGCCGGAGAAAGAGGCAGAUAAGGAGGAGGAAGGAGACGAGGAAAGUUGUAUGGCAUGGUGA